AUGCAGCUCCCCGUUAACUGCAGUGCUCAAGUCUUCAGCAGCCGACCAGCUGUCAGAGGACUCUCAGUGCGCUUGACUUUCUUUUGGUGACGACAUCACCACGGUGGCCCACUCCUCAGCCUCUCUGUCACAGCGGAAGUUGAAGCGGAUGCAGUCAUGCGGGGGGGCAACAAGACGCAUCUCAUGGCAGCGAGAAGAUUUGACCUCAUAAAAGACCGAGCGCAAGUCAAAUUCUGCAAUGAACUGAGGGAGAUCAGUUCCAACAUGAAGAACAUGAAACAGUUGGAAAAUUCAGUCCUCGUUAGGCGAACUGACCAGAUCAAGGAAGAGCUCAGAAAGGGAGUGAGAAAGCCCUACAGGGAAGUGAUAGAUGUAUCUUGGGGUGAUCCUCACAGCGGAGGUUUGAAACCUCUGUCAUUUGUCAGACAGGUUCUUGCAGCAUGUCUUCAUCCUCAGCUUAUCAACAGCAACAAAAUGCCCAUGGAUGCCCGACAGAGGGCUCAAGGGCUGCUGAAUAAAUGCCCUGGAGGGAGUGUAGGUUCAUAUACUGCUACAGCAGGUAUACCAGAAAUAGUACACAGAGUCUCCGAAUUCAUAACGAGGCGAGAUGGCGGGGUUCCAUCUGAUCCUGCUAACAUUUACAUCACCUGCGGCUCACAGUGGGCUCUCACGAACAUUUUAAACAUCUUGGUGAACCCGGAGGCUUCAUCCAGAACAGGAGUGUUGACUCCAGUGCCAGGCUUUUUUGUCACCAACUUGUCUGUAAAGAGCCUGGGAGGAGUGACCGUCCCCUACUUCCUCAAUGAGGAACAAGGCUGGACUCUGCAGGUAGAAGAGCUUCACAGAGCACUGGAGUCUGCAAAGGGCGUGUGCAAUCCUGUUGCUCUGUACGUCGUCAACCCUGGGAACCCAACAGGUCAUCUUCAAACCAGGAAAUCAAUUCAAGAAGUGAUCCAGUUUGCUGCAGAGAACAGGCUCUUUCUUCUGGCAGAUGAGGUCUAUCAGGACUGUAUUCAUGGGGAAAACAGAGGCUUUGUCUCUUUCAAAAGAGUUCUAGCCGAGAUGGGACCACCUCUGUCAGACACAGUAGAGCUGGCGUCAUUCCACUCAGCAUCAAAAGGCGUCCUGGGGGAGUGUGGCCUGCGUGGUGGAUAUGUUGAGCUUGUAAAUCUGGAUCCCGGUGUUAUGAAAUACAUCUACAAUCUGUUCUCCAUUGACUCCUGUCCCCCUGUGUUGGGUCAGAUAGGCCUGGAUGUGAUGUCCAAGCCUCCACAGCCAGGGGAGCCCUCAUACCCACUUUAUAGUCAGGAGACUCAACACAUCAGAACCAUGAUGGUGCAAAAUGUGAAGAAAUUCUCGGAAGUUGUCAACAGUUUGCAGGGUUUUCACUGCCAGCCACUGGAAGGAGGAGCAUUUGCAUUCCCCAGACUGCAUCUUCCACCUAAAGCCAUUGAGGCAGCCAAGGAAGUAGGAAUGCAGCCAGACACAUUUUACUGUUUGAGGCUGCAGGAGGAGGCUGGAGUGAUAGCCAGACCUGGCUGUGAUUGUGGACAAAGAGAGGGCACCUACCACAUCAGAUUUUGCAUUAUGAUCACUCCGGACAUAAUGGAAGAAUUACUAAGACGCCUGAGUAACUUUCACCGAAAGUUUAUGAAUGAUUUUUCAUAAACUGCACCAUUUUUCAGUCAGUUUAGACACAAAAACUAAGAAAAGAACCACAACUACCUAAGUAAGCCAUGUAAAUGUUUAAUACAAUAAAUAUUUAAUUACAUACAGUCCAUUUCAAAAGGCCUCCGUCUUUAUUCUGAAUUAAAUCCAGCUUAUGCUUU